ACACACACACAGCUAAGAUGGCGGACGAAAAUAGCACUGAUGCGCAGGAUGAAAAAGAAAUAACUCUGAAGAAGAGACAUGUUAAAGAAACGACAGAAGACGUGCAACCCGUGGUUGAAAGCACAAAAACCAAGGACUCGAAGCUCACCCUUUAUCAUUGGACACAAUCGUUCAAUUCGCAAAAGGUGAGACUGGCAAUCGCAGAAAAAGGUUUGGAAUGUGAAGAAUAUGACGUUAGCCUUCCGCUCAGCGAGCACAACGAGCCAUGGUUCAUGAAGCUGAACCCUGCCGGCGAGGUCCCCGUGUUGGUGCACGAUGACAACGUUAUCAGCGACCCGACCCAGAUACUGGACUAUCUAGAGCAAAACUUCAGAGAUGAGAGCACUCCCAAGCUGAUUCCAGAGGAGGGCAGUAUGUACUAUCCCAGGGUGCAGCACUACAGGGAGCUGCUGGACUCCCUCCAGAUGGACGCCUACACCCACGGCUGCAUCCUCCACCCCGAGAUCACAGUGGACUCCCACAUCCCUGCCUAUGCCACCACCCGCAUCCGCGCUCAGAUAGGAAACACAGAGUCAGAGCUGAAGAAACUGGCAGCAGAGAAUCCUGAUCUCAAAGACGCCUACAUUGCCAAACAGAGGCGCUUAAAGUCUAAGCUAUUUGAUCAUGACAACAUGAAGUACCUGAAGAAGCUGCUGGAUGAGCUAGAGAAUGUAAUGGACCAGGUGGAGACAGAGCUACAGAGGAGGGUGGAGGAGACGCCAGAGGAAGGCAGCCAGAUGUGGCUGUGUGGGGACUUCUUCAGCAUGGCCGACGUGUCUCUCGCGGUCACUCUGCACCGCCUCAAGUUCCUGGGCCUCUCCCGCCGUUACUGGGGCAACGGCAGCCGGGUCAACCUGGAGACCUACUACGAGCGUGUCCUGGACCGGCCUGCCUUCCGGAGAGUUCUGGGCCACGUCAACAAUAUCCUGAUCUCCGCCGUCCUGCCAACGGCGUUCCGAGUGGCUAAGAAGAGAGCGCCCUCCUUUGUGGGCACAGCGCUGGUGAUUGGCGUCCUAGGUGGGGCCAGUUACCUGGCCUUCCUUUACUUUAAGAAGAGACUGACCACUUUGAGUUGAAAUUGCCUUGAUACUUCAUCCUAAGGCGGGGAUCACACUGGCCAGCGGCAAGCGUAACGCAACGCUCAGACCAUAAUAAGUUCUAUCUCGUUCCUAUGGUAACACAAACGGUUUGCCUAAACUGACAAUUGAAUAUGCUCGUGUUGCGCUUUGAAAGUUUAACCAAGUUCAACGCUCAGCUUGCUCAACACUAACGUUACGCCAGCGCUGCCACUGUUCCGCUGCCGAACCAUAAAGAACAAUAGGAAACCUGCCGCUGGUCAGUGUGAUCCCCACCUAACUGUUCUUCAGACACCUUCCUUGCCCCUUUUGUUUUCUACCAAACUCCAUAGCCAUGUUACUAGUUGCACAAGAAGCACUUUUAAGUACCCUACCCUUAUGCCCACUGAAAGCAAUUGGAGAGAGUCUUGAUGAGUUUCAGAGACGUGCUGCCACUGCUGCGUGCGUUUGCUAGGAAAGUCAUUAUUUGUGUGUAUGUGUGUGCAUUUUACCAUGCGUCAUAUUUUAGGAUGCUUCAUGGCAAACGCUUCAAUAUUACUGUGCAAGACAAUGUUUUGGUCAUUUGCAUGUCAAGAGAUACAACAAAUAGGAGUUGAUUCCUUAAUUCGUGACAAGAUUAUAAAACAAGGGGAACAUGUGAACAAAUGUUUUCCUUUCCCCUUUCCUUACGGCUCGUGUCCAUUAUCGCGGCAAAGCCCACCGCGCUGCACAUAGCCCAUUGAUUUCCUAUGGGGAGCGGCAAGGCGUGGUUUACGCUUCCGCAAUGCACCUUGGGAAGGCGGCGCGGCCAUUCGAACAGAGGCGGCGCGUCAAGAAGUUGGGCUCGGCUGAACUUUAUGCAAAUGAGAGCGGUUAACGCGAUGCGGUUAGCCAAUGAAAGUACAUCUUCGGUAAACAAGUUCUGUCAUUUGCUCUAGUCUUCCGGUCCGGAACAAUAGCCUGCCAGAAAGAUUUGUUCCGCCUGAUAAUCGUGUAGGUUUUAUGAAAAUAUAUUAAGCUAUAUAGUGGCGAAGAAGUUAAGUUUAGAACAAGUUCGCCACUGCACCCUAUCAAAGAGACCUUGUUGGCGACUUGAACCAAGACAGAAUGUGCUUUGGAGGAACAUGUCAGUGAUAUUUGUAAGUGUUUCAAUAAAAUAUGUUAACAGUAGUAGGCUACCUCCACUUUAGUAGCCUACGUUAGCUGGCAUUGUGUAAUUACAAAAAAUAAAACGUUACACCAUGCACUUUAGCCUAUACACGCCCACAAGCGGCGACGGGAGAGAGGGCUAGGCGUCUGCAAGCGUCUACGCGCCGCAAUAAUGGACACGAGCCGUUUAGUUAGGCCUUUACAAAGGUCAGCAUUUGACACUGAAGUGCAGGUUUUGGGUAGUUUUUGAUAAGGAACUACCAAAUCGUAUCCACUGUGUAAUUUCAAAUAUAUGAGAGAUAUUUCAGUCUUGUAGUGUAAUUCAUUUCAAUAUGUAUCACCUGGUGUUGUCUGUUGUUCAUUGUACUGGCUUUAGUGUGGGAAAUCCUUAUUGUUUAUGCUAUGAAUGUACAUAGUGUAUGCAGCAAAUUACUACUCUCUAAACAAUGGAUCAUACAUCACAUUAAAGUUUAUUUGCAAAAUA